AUGAAUAACGAUUCAAGCAAUGAAUUUAAUUAUCCAUUAUGUGAAGAAGAAGCAAAAUUUGAAUAUAAAUUAAUAAAUGGUAAAUUAUUUAAUAAUGUACCUCGGAAAAUCACAAGCACUAAAGAACAACAACAAACGAUACAAGGGAAUAUUGAAACUCGUCAAAGACGUAAGAGAAACAUAAAAGAAGAAGAAGAAGAAGAAGAAGAAGAAUUAUAUGAACAAGAAAGUUUGAUAUCUUGUGAUGAUAUGACUUUAUCUGAUACUGAUAAUCAAAGUCAAGUUUCAUCAUCAGCACAUGACAUUAAUGGUUAUUCACAAAGAAGUUCGAGUAUAAAUCAUCCACCAAGUAAAAAAAGACUUACAAAUCAAAAUUCUGAAUUUAUUGGAUCUUUUGAAGUUGUAGAUUCGCCAGAAAGUCUAUCUACUUCAACUACAAAUUCAUCAAUGUCAAUUAUAAUAACAAACAAUUCAAAUAUUACAUCACAACAAAUCCCAAAUCGUAUUCGAAGUGCAAAUACAAUGAAUUCACCAUCACAUACACCAGUUUCCGAUAUUGAAGAAGAUAUAAUUCAACAAUUACCAUUACCUUCACCAAGUGCAUCACCCGUUCAACUGGACGCCGAAAAGGAAAUAACCACAAUUCCAAAACAUAUCUCAAUUUCAAAUAUUUUGAAAUCAACACCAUCUACACAAUCCGAAUUAGUCAAUAUGGUUUUUCAAUUAUCUAAAUUUUUAAAUUCACGAAAUCAAAAUCAUUUAAUUUUUAAAUUAUUACAAUCUACAAACAGAUCAUCCCUCAGUACUUUCAAUGGAUUAAUUUAUAAUUCAUUGAAAAGAGAUUUAUUAACUGAUUUACCAUUUGAAAUAACAAUGAAAAUUUUAAUGUAUUUAGAUUAUCAAACAUUAUUAUCAUUAUCUAAAGUAUGUAAAAAAUGGUUUCAAAUUAUAAAUAAUCCCGAUUUAUGGAUUAGGUUAAUUAAGCGAGAUAGUUUAAUAACAGCACAUUCAGAAAUAAAGCAAUGUUUAAUGGAUCCAAAUUUAAUAUCUGAAUGGUGCACAUUACCACAAGGUCAUAUAAACACAGCACAAAUUUUAUAUAAGAAACGAACAAUCAUUGUUAAUCGAUGGAUGAAUCCAAAUUAUACACCAAAAAGAAUAAGUGUAAAUGGUCAUUUAAAUAAAGUUGUAACUUGUUUACAACACGAUGAUGAAAAAAUCGUAACAGGAGUAGAUGAUAAAUAUAUUUUAAUUUAUAGUACUAAAACUGGAGAACUAAUGAAAGUAUUGGAAGGUCAUGAAGGUGGUGUUUGGGCAUUAAAAUAUUCUGGAAAUACAUUAGUUUCAGGAUCAACUGAUAGAUCAGUUAGAAUAUGGAAUAUGAAGACUGGUAAAUGUACUCAUAUAUUCAAAGGACAUACAUCAACAAUUAGAUGUUUAGAUAUAAUUCAUCCAGCAAUAAUUGGAAAAGAUUCAAAUGGUGAAGAUAUAAUUUUCCCCGAGUUCCCAUUAUUAAUUACUGGUUCAAGAGAUCAUAAUAUUCACGUUUGGAAAUUACCAAAUGUUGAUAAUUUACCUGAAAAUCAUGAAAUUUUUGAUGAAUCAGAACAUAAUAAUCCUUAUUUAAUUGCAAUUUUACAAGGUCAUACUCAAUCAGUAAGAGCCAUAUCAGGAUAUGGUAAUAUUAUAAUUCUGGGAUCUUAUGAUUCAACAGUUCGAGUAUGGGAUUUAUUAGAUUCAGGAAAUUGUAAACAUAUUUUAAGAGGUCAUCAAGAUAGAGUAUAUUCAACAGCAUUAGAUUUUAAUAGGAAAUUAUGUUAUUCAGGUAGUAUGGAUUCAAAUAUAAAUAUAUGGAAUUUUGAAACUGGUGAGUUAAUACAUGUAAGUGAAGGACAUUCAAGUUUAGUUGGUUUAUUAAAUUUAGUUGAUGAUUUAUUAGUUAGUGCUGCUGCAGAUUCUACUUUAGGAGUAUGGAAUCCUGCAAAUGGUGAAUUAAUAUCCAAAUUAAAAGGUCAUGGUGCUGCAAUCACUUGUUUUGAACAUGAUGGAUUAAGAGUUGUUUCUGGUUCUGAAAAAAUGUUAAAAUUAUGGGAUAUUAGAAAAGGUGAAUUUGCAAGAGAUUUAUUAAAUGAUGUAACUGGUGGAAUAUGGCAAGUUAGAAUUGAUUAUAAAAGAUGUGUUGCUGCUGUUCAAAGAACAAGACAAGAUGAAGAUGAUGAAACUUAUAUUGAGAUUUUGGAUUUUAGUGAACCACUUGUGAGAAUGCAAUAA